AUGGCUACUUUCAGUACGAUGUCGAAUGAUAAGCAUCUCUUCAACCAGAUCUACUAUUUCAACGCCGAGACCCUCGACGCGCAAGUGACCAAGUCCAACGACAGCGACGGCCUCCACAAGAGACAGUUCCACGCCAUCAAGACCAACGUCACGGGCACGAUCACAGACGAGCUCUCGGAAUCUAUGACAGGAGACCUUGCCAGGGAAGUCUACAGCCAAGACGUCAUGAACAACAAGCACGACUGUUUAGCGCAAGCACUAAGCAUCGUAAGGAUCAUUGAGCAGAUCCAGGCGGCGAGGCCAGCAGCCCGGGCAGGGCCGAUCGACGUCAUCGUCGACGGCAGCAUGGGCGCAGCUGCGGGUGACGCGCGCGGUCUCAUGCCCCGCGCCAGGAGCAGCAUCCGCGAAGAGGUUUACAAGAUGUUCGCCUUUCUGGUAGCGCGGAGGGGGUGCCGACGCCGCGGCCGCGGGCCCCGACGCUGCCGCGCAUCCGCCCUGGGCGACAGCGCUCAAAUCUACAGCGCCGGCCACGAUUUCAAGAGCGCCGCAGACGCCCUCAGAACGGAAAUACAGCAGCUGGACGACAACCAGAUGAUCGCCCGCGUGGAAGCCGAGAGGCAGCGCAAUCGCCGCAUCAACGACAGCGCCCGCAAUCAGUCCGACGCCAUCCUCAGCCCCGUAGAGGGCCGCCGCAGGGGCCACGUGGGCCCAGACCCCUCGGCGCGGCUGCGCCCGACCUGCGCGUUGGCUGCCACCGGCACCGCCCGCGCGCGGCGCCAUGGGGCGGCCGCCCGCGGCGGCCGCGGCGCGCCCGCCCGCGCCGCCGCCGUGGCCGCAGGGCUCGCGCGCGCCGCGCGCGCCCGAGCGCGGCCACGCCGCCGCUCGCGCGCCGGGGGCGCGGCGCCGCGCGAGCGCCUGGCGUGGCUCGGCGCGGCCGCCGGCGGCACUGGCGCGGCCGCGGCCGCGCGCGGGCGGCGGCGGGCCGCGCCGGGCGGCGGCCGCCGGGCGGCGUGGGCGGCGGCGGCGGCCGCCGCCGCGGCCGGGCCGCCUGCGUGGGCGGAGGGAGGCGCGGGCGCCGCCUCGAUCGAGGAGCGGAGUUCCAAAACGGUGUCGAUGGAGCAGCUGGCGGGGGCCGUGAGCGGCGACACGCCCCAGGUGGAGUCCCUGGUGUUCCCCGAGUGGUUCCUGGGGGACUGGGCGUGCGCGGCGGAGCUCUUCCGGGUGGACGAGGGCGGGGGCGACCUGAUGCUCGCGAACGCCGUGCCCGGCGCGCAGGAGGCCCUGCUGGCCUCGCGGUCGGCGCUGGGCGCCAGUUCGGCCGUGAGGCGCGAGCAGCGCAGGUGGAGCCGCGCCCCCUCCGCCACCGGCACGGUCGGCACCAUCGAGAUCGCGAGCGACGCCCCGUCCGGCGUCUGGGCGGUCGCGCGCGCCCUCGCGGGUCCCCAGGCGAGGGUGACCUUCGACCGGGAGGCGGGCCCUGCCGAGGGCCUGCCUUCGGCCUGGACCGUGCUGUCGCCGGGCGGCCGGCAGUGGCGGGUGCGGCCCGACGGCGCCGCCGUCGGCGAGCAGGACCUGUCGAGGGAGGAGAGGUACCGGGCCAAGGAGUUCUUCCGGGCCGACGCCGUGGUCGCGCCCGUGGGCAUGCUGGGCUCCGCCCUCGUGCGCGUGGACACCGUCUACCGCACGGUGCCGCCGGACCAGACCCCCACGGGCCUCUUCAAGAUCGGCAUGGGCGCCGUGGACGGCACGCGCCCUUUUGUCAUCCAGGCCAUCCAGACCGCCUCGGUGCUGCCGCCCCCGCGGCGCUCCGACGGGCAGAGCGCCGGCGUGGCCCUGGCCGCCUACAAGACGCGGCUGGUCUUCUCGCCGAUCAUCCCCGCGCAGGCGUGA